AUGGCUCCCAACAAGCCCGUUCUUCAUCCUUUGACAACUCCCAAGACCAUGAGUUUCCCUUCAGAACUCCGAGAACGCACCUACACAUGCCUCGACUCCUUCCGGCCAGACGGAGAGGUAAAGAAAGAGGAUGUGGAAGACACCGAGAUCUCUAUGACUCCUCCUCCAGCAUACACCGACUUCAUCAACACCUUCAGUCCUAUCUUCUCCAGCCCUAGAACAUCCCGCGCCAACUUCUCCAAGUAUAUGCUCGAUAAGCCUCGCCCCUCCCCGACUUCUGCGCCUUCCAGCACCACCUCCACUUUUUUCUCCAGUGGGAACAACUCAAGGGACCUCUCGGCUCGGAGCCCCCCAUCUGCCACCGAUUAUUCGGCUCGUCGUCUGCGUCUCCCUCCUCCUUACGCUUAUACACCCCCCUCGGAUUCCCCGCGCCAUGCAUAUCCUCUUCGGUCCGCCUUUCCCCCUUCAGAGAUGAGGCUGCAACAAUAUGAUUCUUCCGUCGGUGACAAAGGAGGAUGCUUAAGUGUCCGGCACGUGGUCACGACAACUAUCACGUAUAAGCGGACUCCUCAGUUGGCGCCUCCUCCCCAGGGUAAACGGAGAAGGAAUGCUGAUGCCUGA